CGGGCUGUCAUUGUCACACAGGGGGGCGUGGUCUUUCAUCCAUAGCCACGCCCACCGGCGCGCGGCGGGCCCGCCCUUUCCUAUUGGGGGGAAUUGUUUGAUUGGCAGUGCAGCGGUCCAAUCGUGAGGGAGAGAGUCGGUCACGCCCCUUCCGCGGUACCGGAGCGCGCGCGGAGGCUCCGGAACGCCAGAACCGAACCCGGGACCCUAAAACCGAACCCGGGACCUCGAUAACGAACCCGGGAUCCCACGGAACCUUCCCCGGGAUCCCAGAACCGGCCCCAGGACCCCCGGGACGCCCCGGAACCGACCCCGGCAUCCCCGAACCGGCCCCGGGAUUCCGGAACCGACCCCGGGACCCCCGAACCGUCCCCAGACCCCCCCGCGCCUCGCCAUGGACCCGGACCCGGACCCAGACCCGAAUCCCGGAGCCAACACCGAGCCGGCACCGGGAGCGGGGGGGAAGCGGCGGCGGUUCACGGUUCGGCAGGAGGGUCCCGACGAAGCCCCGGUCCCGUCGCUGUUCAGAGCCUCGGCCGCGCCCCCUCCGGUGCCGGUGCCGGUGCCGGUUCCGAGUUCUUACGCUGAGUUCGUGGUGAGGGGCUCGGGGGGAACCGGGAAGGACCGGGAGCAGAACCGGGACCGGGAGCAGAACCGGGACCGGGAGCAGAACCGGAACCAGAACCGGGAUCAGGACCAGAACCGGAACCGGGAUCCCGGACCCACCGGAACCGCCCCCUCGGGACCCCUCCCGGGACCUCCGGGACCCCUCGCGACCGCCGGGGACCGGGACCGGGAUCAGAACCGGGACCAGGAGCAGAACCGGGAUCAGAACCGGGAUCAGGACCGGAACCGGGACCAGAACCGGGAUCCCGGACCCACCGGAACCGCCCCCUCGGGACCCCUCCCGGGACCUCCGGGACCCCUCGCGAUCGCCGGGGACCGGGACCAGGACCAGAACCGGGACCGGGACCAGAACCGGGACCAGAACCAGGAGCAGCCCCGGGAGGCGCCGGCCCUGCCCGUGCUCAAACCGGGCACCAAGAGCAGCAGCAUCAUCGUCAGCCCGCGCCAGCGCGGCAAUCCCGUGCUGCGCUUCAUCCGCAAUGUCCCCUGGGAGUUCGGGGACGUCGGCCCCGACUUCGUCCUGGGCACCUCCAGCUGCGCCCUCUUCCUCAGCCUCAGGUACCACCACCUGCACCCCGAGUACAUCCACGAGCGGCUGCGGGCGCUGGGGCGGAGCUUCGGCCUCCAGGUGCUGCUGCUGCAGGUGGACGUGCGUGACCCCCACCAGUCCCUCAAGGACCUGGCCAAGGUUUGUCUGCUCACGGACUGCACCCUGCUGCUGGCCUGGAGCGCGGAGGAGGCCGGCCGUUACCUGGAGACCUUCAAGUCCUACGAGCAGAAGCCGCCGGACCUGCUGAAGGAGCGCGUGGAGCAGGACUUCCUGUCCCGGGUGACAGACUGCCUGACCAGCGUCAAAUCCGUCAACAGGACGGACGCCCUGAGCCUGCUGGGGACCUUCGGGUCGCUGGCGGCCGUGGCGGGGGCGUCCCGGGAGGAUCUGUCCCUCUGUCCUGGCGUGGGACCCCAGAAGGCCAAGCGUCUCUUCGAUGUCCUGCACGAGCCUUUCGUCAAGACGCCGCCAUGAGCCCCAAAAUCCUCCAAAAUCACCCCAAAAACGCCACAAAAUCCCCACCAAAAAAACCCCAAAAUUCCAAACAUUCCCCCAAAAAUCCCCAAAGCCCCAAAAACGCCUCCGAAAUCCCCCCAAAAAUCCCCAAAAAAUCCCAAAAUCCCCCCAAAAAUCCCCCAAAAUCCCCUAAAAAAAUCUCACAAAAAUCCCCACCAAAAAAAUCCCCAAAAUCUCCCCGAAAUUCCCCAAAAAAUAAAAAAAAUUCCUAAAAAUCCCAAAAAAUCCCAAAAUCCCCCAAAACAAUCUCCCAAAAAUAUCCCCCGAAGUCCCAAAAAAAUCCCCCAAAAUCCCCUAAAAAAAAAUCACAAAAAUCCCCCAAAAAUCCCCACCAAAAAAAUCCCCAAAAUCUCCCCGAAAUUCCCCAAAAAAUAAAAAAAAAUCCCUAAAAAUCCCCAAAAAUCCCAAAAUCCCCCAAAACAAUCUCCCAAAAAAUCCCCCAAAAUCCCUCAAAACCCCAAAAAAAUCCCCCAAAUCCCCUAAAAAAAUCUCACAAAAAUCCCCCAAAAAUCCCCACCAAAAAAUCCCCAAAAAAUAAAAAAAUUCCCCAGAAAUCCCAAAAUUCCCCAAAACAAUCUCCCAAAAAUAUCCCCCCAAAUCCCUCAAAACCCUAAAAAAAUCCCCCAAAAUCCUCUAAAAAAAAUCUCACAAAAAUCCCCCAAAAAUCCCCACAAAAAAAUCCCCAAAAUUCCCCAAAAAAUAAAAUAAUUUCCCUAAAAAUCCCAAAAUCCCCCAAAACAAUCUCCCAAAAAUAUCCCCCAAACCCCCAAAAAAUCCCCCAAAAUCCUCUAAAAAAAUCUCACAAAAAUCCCCCCAAAAAAAUCCCCAAAAUCUCCCCGAAAUUCCCCAAAAAUAAAAAAAAUCCCUAAAAAUCCCAAAAAAUCCCCAAAAAUCCCAAAAUCCCCCAAAACAAUCUCCCAAAAAUAUCCCCCAAAACCCCAAAAAAUCCCCCAAAAUCCCCUAAAAAAAUCUCACAAAAAUCCCCCCAAAAUCCCCACAAAAAAAAUCCCCAAAAUCUCCCUGAAAUUCCCCAAAAAUAAAAAAAAUUCCCUAAAAAUCCCCCCAAAAAAUCCCAAAAUCCCCCAAAACAAUCUCCCAAAAAUAUCCCCCGAAAUCCCAAAAGAAUCCCCCAAAAUCCCCUAAAAAAAUCUCACAAAAAUCCCCACCAAAAAAAAAUCCCCAAAAUCUCCCCGAAAUUCCCCAAAAAAUAAAAAAAAAUCCCCCAAAAAUAAAAAAAAUUCCCCAAAAAAUCCCAAAAUCCCCCAAAACAAUCUCCCAAAAAUAUCCCCCCAAAAUCCCUCAAAACCCCCAAAAAAAUCCCCCAAAAUCCCCUAAAAAAAAUCCCCCAAAAAUCCCCACAAAAAAAAUCCCCAAAAUCUCCCCGAAAUUCCCCAAAAAAUAAAAAAAAAUCCCCAAAAAUCCCAAAAAAUUCCCCCAAAAUCGCCCAAAAGCUCUCCCAAAAAUCUCCCAAAAAUAUCCCCCCAAAUCCCUCAAAACCCCAAAAAAUCCCCCAAAAUCCCCUAAAAAAAUAUCACAAAAAUCCCCACCAAAAAAAUCCCCAAAAUCUCCCCGAAAUUCCCUAAAAAAUAAAAAAAAUUCCCUAAAAAUAAAAAAAAUUCCCCAAAAAAUCCCAAAAUCCCCCAAAACAAUCUCCCAAAAAUAUCCCCCGAAAUCCCAAAAAAAUCCCCCAAAAUCCUCUAAAAAAAUCUCACAAAAAUCGCCCAAAAUUCCCCACAAAAAAAAUCCCCAAAAUCUCCCCGAAAUUCCCCAAAAAAUAAAAAAAAUCCCAAAAAAUCCCCAAAAAUUCCCCCAAAUUCUCCUUUUUGAUGGUAAUAAAGGACAUUUAAUGGUG